GAUGGAUAAUGGAUCGUGGAGUGGAUAUAUGGCGUAUUGUAAUGAACGUGGGUUUGCUCCGGAUUUGAAUCUUGGUUCCGAAACCCAACCACCGGAGGAUUUUCCCAUGGAGGACACGGAAGUUCCGGAGACGGAACCAUUGGCGAUGCCUACACGGAAUGAUGAUGCAAAUCCACUCGAUUCUAUGACGCUAGACCAAUUACUCCGUGCUCCGGGUCGAGAUAAAUUGAAAAAGAUCGACCCAAGCCGUAUGCACGGAACAACUUGGUAUCGAUUCGAUAAAGGAUUCACAAAGAUUAUCAAGAAAAUCAUGGAGAGCGAUUUCCCCGAUCCCGCUCCGAAUAUUACGUCGGUCUCCGGAGACACAAAGAAACGUUGGUUUAAGGCAUUUGCGGUUAGUUUAUUUAAAUAAAAUUUAUGCUUUAUUUACUUUGU